CAUCCUUUUGGUCCCCUUUGACAACUACUAACACAUACAACGGAAAUGCUUUCGCUAUCUCCAGUUCACUCCAUUUCAAACUAUUCCAGUCACAUUGUCAAACUGAUCAAUCCCUGGAAACGUACUUUCGGACAAUCAUCCUCUAUAUCAUCCAAUACUAUAGUCUUGAUGAUAAACGUGAAAUUACCCACCUUACACUACCUCAUAACCUAUGAAGAUGGUUUUGAUAAUUUCGUAAGUUCCUGUUGUUGCUGCGCCACACAAGAAAGCGAAAGGUGGUGUUCGUUCUUGACCGACUGUGUGAGCUUUUAAGCAAGUUUUUAGAGUGACUUCUUGCAGUAAACUUGUCUAUAACAAAUGGGUUUCGCAGUACU